AUGAAUAAGAGGCUGUGCUGGCAAGGCAUUGAUAAAUGGAUCUCUGAAAAAAAGCUUGCAAGAAUCCUUAAAGACAAUCUGCCAAGCAUUGAUGGCUUACUCCUCGCACGCCCUCCAAAAAAGCCAUAUGCUUUCUUAGAAUUCGACACUGAAGAAAGAAUGAAUACCUUUGUAGAAGCAUUCCAGCCUGAGAUCGUGAACAAAAAAUACAAAUUCAAGCAAGCUACCGACCGUGCAAUCGGUAAAGGUAAAUCAAUUGAAGAAAUCCUUUUAAGCAAGCCGCCAAAGGUUACAAUUGAAGCUCAGCCUUUAGGACCUAUUGAGGAUAAAGUCACGCCUUAUUGGAAUAUGCAGUACUCAGCACAGCUUCUUGAGAAAAAAAAUCAAGUCUCCAAGUUUUACGGGACCUUCCUAAAAGAUAUGGAAAUAAAAACCAAAAAAAGCGACACCGUCCCUUUGCAAUGGCUAAGUGAGCCUCCACAGGUCCUGGAUGUAAAAAGUAGCCCAGCUACUGAGGGGUAUAGAAAUAAGGUAGAAUAUACAAUUGGUUAUGCUGAAAACCGAGAAAUCAAAGUUGGCUUCACAAAUGGCCAAAUGGCAGCUGGAAAUUUGAGAGUGGACUCUCCUGAAAAUUGCAUAAAUAUUUCACAAUUUUCAAAAGAUAUUGCAGUAAAAGUUGAAGAAUGUGUAAAAGCAAGCGGAAUUCCUCCUGUCGAUACAAAGACUAAUGAAGGUGUGUGGAAAACAGUGCUUUUAAGAACAACAACAUAUACAAACCAAAGCAUGCUUGUGUUGACGGUAAAUGACAACCAUCAAAUCAGUAAAAUUGAGCAAGCUUUGCAGCCUUUAUCAUCUGAAGUUGACACUUUGGUGCUUGUUGUUCAGAAAUCUCCUAGACAAAUAAAAGUGUUAAGCGGCUCUGGAUUUAUUACAGAGAGGCUGCUUAAUAAGACCUUCCAAAUAUCUCCUUUGUCUUUCUUCCAAGUCAAUACUUCUGGCUGUGAAAUUCUUUAUACAGAGGUAAUGAAUUCUAUUGAAGGAGAGCUGUUACUUGAUAUUUGUUGUGGAACUGGGAGUAUUGGGAUUUGCUGCAGUGAUAAAGUAAAGCGAAUAAUAGGGAUUGAAAUUGUAUGGAUUAAGACCCCUUAUAGAUUCUUUAGCAGUAAUACCUAUGACUAUUGAAUAGCCCACGAAAAUGCCAAUUUUUAUGAAAAGGGUUAAUUAAAAAUUGGCAACUAUGAGCUAUAAUUUGUAUUUGCAAUUUUAAAUUGUAUUUGUCAGAAAAAUUGACAUUUUUUGUGCAGAUUAAAUAGGCAACGAUAUUGCUCCUAAACGAGUAAAAAUGGGACUGGAGCUAUAUACUUUUUAAAUCGAAAAAAUAUUUUAAUAAAAAUAAAUAAUUCUAAAUUCGCAUAAAGUUUAGGAAAUUUGUGCUGGCAACAUUAAAAAACACUAAAAUAUUAGAGCUUACCUGAAGCAGUAGAAGAUGCAAUCAUAAAUGCUCAAAUGAAUAACGUUUCUGCAGAAUAUAAAGUAGGAAAGGCAGAAGAUCUAAUGAAAGAUAUUUCAAGAGAAGUUGAAGGACAAGUGAUAACUGGAGUUGUAGACCCUCCCAGGAAUGGAUUACACAAAAACAUUCUUACCGCGUUAAGAACUACAAAAGGAUUGGACAAUUUAGUCUAUGUGUCUUGCAAUCCAGAAACAAUGUUUAAAGAUUUAGUACAGUUGUGUGCUCCAGAAUCUGGAAAAAAGUUUAGAGCUCCUCCAUUUGUGCCUUUGAGGGUACAGCCAGUCGACAUGUUCCCUCACACUCCUCAUGUAGAGUGUGUAGUAGCUUUGAAGAGAAUUACAAAACUUUAG